UUCACAAAUCAUCACGCGUCACUGAAGUAAAAAAGCCUCGAAACAAAGAACGUUCCAUCCAUUCGAUAAAGGUAAGACAUUCUCUUUAAUACUACCCUGACUAUAAGUUAUUUUCAAGUCGAAACACCUUCGUAUAGAAUUUUUGUUCUGAUAUCUCCGAGGUGCGUUUGAGAGAGUGAAAUCGAGGAAGGCGAAUGUCACGACUGAGCUGGGUGAUAUUGUGAGCGCAGCUCAGUUCAAAAGUUCUCAAAAGUAACUCGGUUUUACUUAAAAGAAACGUGUUACAACAAUAGAACAAUUGAUAUUUCAACUAUCCGGCAACUAAAGAUAACAACAGCAGCUACGCGAUCUCGGAAACGCUUUUAUCAAGGUCACGUUCAAAGUUUCCUGAAGUUUUAAAGCCAGAGAUAAAAGAGACAGUCAGACAGUUACUCCCUCAAAAAAAAAAAAAAACUUUUAUGCAACUUGGAUGAUCACUAAGAUGAUGACACGCUUCGAUGUUAGACGAGCUGUGUAAAGGAGACUCACAACAUUACACAUGUAGAAAGGCGCUGUUGAAGACAUUUCAUGUGAAUAGUCACACUUAGUCGAGAGAUUUAAUUUUUCUAAUUGCACUAUAAGACCCGAGAAUCUACAGAUAAUGGCAUCUUAGUCAACUUAUACAACAAACUAAAACUGAACCACAGGAAAGUACUACAAACUGGUAAAGCUUAUUCCAGGAUUGUCACACUUAAGGACUGCCAUGUUUGAAGUCAAUAAUUAGAUCUCCUUUGUGUCGGCAUAAUAAGUAUCGCCACCAUAAAGUACUGCUCAAUGGCUUUUAUUUCAAUGAAUGGUCACACUUUACGAUAAUAGGCACAGAAUGAAAAGUUAUAACCGCUUUGUAAGCAUAUUAAACGCAUUCACCGCGCGAAAGUGCAGCCCCUGAUCGGUAUAGCUUUUAUUUCAGGCCCAAUGACACGUUAGAACUCCGUCUACAAGACUGAAGUUGUGUCUACCUUGCACAGCAUAAUAACCACACAUACAAAAGCACCGCACAGAGACUUUCUUUAAAUGUUCUUCCCGGAUAAUGCAGUACCUCCGAAGAAUGAAAGAAACAAAAACAAAGUUAUCCUUUUCAAGGAGUACAGCUCAGUGUCUCAGAUCAGUAACUGGUUUUUGGAAUCGAUGAUCCAUCCUAACACUAUAGCUAAAACUGUGAAUUCGUGAAGCAUAACCAUCAGCGUAUUAUUAUUACUUUUUCAUGAACUUGAAAUUUCAUUUAGCCUCGAAAGCAGAAACAAGUUAUUUUUUUAAUAUACGAAGCCGAUGACGCAACUGCGGUCGACUAACGUAAAAGUUUGAAACAGAGUUCGAGAAGAUUCCGCUAAAGUUGGUUUUACAUAAGUACCUAGAAACUCGAGUGGAUAAGUGUUCAUAACGACAUGAGGUCUGUCAAGAAUAAAUUAAUUACCAUUAUACGUGAUCAAACAGGGCACUCUUUUGUGUUUAUAAGAGCCUUUGGCGUAAUGUCUCGCUCAUGAAAAAACUUCAAUAGAAGCCGGUUCCUGUACGCGCUGAACAACCCUUCACAUUCACUAGAGCGUCCUAUAUCCCUUUUGACACCCGGUUAAUAAGUGCUUUGUCAUAACGCAGGCCUGAACUCUUAAUUUUCUUUGGGCUUAAAACACUACCUUAUUGUAGCCUGCUCGAUGAACCCUGAUGCAUGAACAAAGCAGAAAACUAACAAUCCUAUUUACUCGAAUAAGAGCCGCAGCGCGUAUUGUUCGACUUGUGGGUGUGGUGCUGAUUCAAAACGGUUUGUUUGUGAAUAACACAGUUCUUCGUCAAGAAAUCUUCCUUCCUUUUACGUUGUUUAGCAAAAGAGCGAUAACAACAGGUAAGAAAGUGGUGAAAGUAAGUUUUAAAGGUCUGAUCCUAUUCCAGUUAGUCAUACCAUUCACAUGAACAAUUGUCAAAAUAACAAUAAACAUUAUUAGCGCUGCAUUACCGUAAUGCGUAGUGUAGUGUAGGAGGAAGUGGCGCUCGUUUACUCUGAGUGAGGCGCUUAUUUGGGGCAGACACUCCUUCGAGUAAAAACGGUAUUCACUAAAAACAAAUGCGUUCGACAUAUGAACUUAUUAGUGAGUUUACGCAACAGGACGGCUGAAAGAAGAGGAUGGCAAAACGUUUGUGGGUGACAAACGUGACACGGCUAUCACUUGCGUGUUCUGUCGUGAUUUUUCACUUAACAUGAAUGUUUUACAAAACGAUCUGCUUAAAGGAAGGUGAAGUUUGGCGAUAAAGUAUUUGGAACCUUUAUUGUCACGCUUGUCACACAAGGUUUACCGUCUUCUAUACUCUCCCGUCCUGUUGCGUAACUUCACGAUAAGGGGCAGAAAGACGUAAAUGCGUAACAUGGAACCUUUUUUCCUCACUGGAGAGUGCAAAACAAGCGAUAUUUUUUUCCCCUUGAAAGACAAGCGCAAAGAGAAAGCGAGAGACCAAAAACUCGAACAAACGCCUGAAGAGACAGGUUAUCAUUGUAAAAAGGCAAAACCAUUCUCAUUCAAUUCAACAAGAAUCAAGCCAGCAAGUGAAAACUGAAUGAAACGGCGCAGUCAAUCGGAUGAACCAAUCAGAACUCCAGGCAAAUGCUUCAUUGUAUAUAGCGGGUAGCGCGGGAAAGAAAACACGUGCUAGCAGCCGUCUUUUGGUUUAGCUUUCCCAGCAAUAGCAAAAAUGCGUGGCGGCAAUGUUAAGUUAAGGCAAUAAAGAUUGAACCUUCCGCUUUGGAAGGCUGAUAGGGGAAAUCAAGCACUUGAUUUUCUGCCACGCAGGCCGUGAAGGCAGACGGGCGGGUGUCACAUGGUUUUCACUUGCGAUACAAGCGCAAGGAUAAGAGUUCUUGUGUAAACGGCCUGCAUGCAAACAUCAAUAUUAUGCUCUUGCUCUAAUGUUCCGCAAAGAUUGCAUGCGCUUCCGAUGGUGUUCGUUUAUAUUUCGGUGAUAAAACAUGAACGGCUGACUUUUGCUUCAGGUUGCGUUGAACAUCCGUAGCUAGCUAGUGAAAACCAGGCUUCAAACAACCGUACAUUAACUUUUAAUGACCAUCAUUCACGUCUAUAAGAAGUACAUAGAAAAAAGCGGUACUGCGGACGUUUAUCCACUCUAGAAACACCUUUAAUAUACAACAUGAACAGUCUGAUUACAGAAGACAUUGGCCACUGGAUUUCAUUUGAAUGAUCAGGCUUGGGGAUAUUAAAACCAUGCAUCUCCGAGAUCGCACUCUGAAACGAAAAUAACCAAGCCCUUUUACGGACAUGACUCGAGCAAAACGCUUCACGAGAACUUUGAUGGUACACACAGGCGUCAACUGACGCUUUACGAGUUGAAAACUUUAUUCGCGUUGAUUACCCUCUGCAGCUUACUUCAGGCUUAAAGCUACUGACCGCCUGGGUAGAGAGUUAGGGUUGGUUAUUUAAACGAAGCCUGUAUCUUACGCAGUGGUUUUUUUAGUAAGAAAUCAUUGGACCUCCAAUCUCUUUCUUAGAGGUUUGACUUCAGGAAAUAAGUGCUUCCCCAGUCUACGCUAUAUGCUUUAUUGAACUCCUAGCAAACUGAAAAUGGCUUAGAACGCGGUUUUGUUAAACACGGUCUAAACUCCGUUCAAAAAACUCGCCCUUACAGUUUUCAUUGCAAAAGUUUACAGUGAUAGAUGCUUUUUGCCUUAAUGAUUUCAUUUUUACAACGUAAUAUUAGUUAUCACGUCAACUGAUUUGAUGGUAGAAUUAUUAACACUUAGUAUGUAAAUCACAAGAGGUUUGAGGUUUUCAACCAAGCGCUCCUCGUGAAAUUGUUUUGAUAAAAAUGUGGUCAUCUUUCCGCUUUUCUCCUUUCCGUGUUUCGCGCCUCACACAUGUUCCUUUGUUCUUUUUAUAAAAAGGCGAUAGUUUUCUUUACGUGACUCAUAAACAAACUGAAAAACAAAGGCUCGUUCAUACCUGUACAAAAGAGUUCAUUUAAAAGAGUUCCGUAACCAAAGCUUUCUAUAGAAAACCAACACGAUCUUCCACUCUUCUGUGACAGAUCAUAUUAUAAAUGAUGUCUUCGCGAGUCUUUGUUAACUACAAUACAAACACGGCUUUCACACAUUCAUGGAUAAUGAAGUGUUCUACCCAGACAAAGACAAGCUAAUCUCUUUAGAAAUCCCCACAGAAUGAACUCGUAACUUUCUGCCCUGUCGUUCGUCAGACAAUGAACUUAAUAACAAAUUGACCUUGUGUUCAGAUAGUAAUACAGCAGGGUUGUUAUUUUACCAUGGGCUAGGGAGGGGGAGGGUAAAUCAGUGAUUGCUGCCCUUUAAUUUGCCUUAGUUGAAAAUUAUACAUUUAGAGUUUUCUAACAACUAAAUCUUGGUUCUUACUUCGGAUUGGAAAAGUUAAGAAUUUCAGAAAUCCAGUGUCAAGUGAAAGUCGCUUGAAAUAUCACGCACGCAGUCUGUUUGCGCCCUAGCUCACGCCGUCAAACCGGCAGUAAGACGCGUGUUUAAUGACGGACUGCGCGAGUAUGGAUGGAUGCGGCAAAGACAGUAAAGGCUAAAUUUUUGAUAUUAGAUACCUCCUACUAAAGGUGGCCCUUAAGCUAUUUAAGUGUUUAAGUGACACGACAACGUGAAACAAAAGAACCGGGCAGGAGGAACACGUUGUGCGGUUUAUGUUGUUUAAACAAGGCGAAUGCGAUAUCGUGAUCUGUGACAGCUGUUUACAGGCCGUUUAACUUCCUGCGUAUUUAACUUCCCGCUACGUACAGAUUGUUAAUAAAUACAAAACGUUUUUUUACGAGGUGAAAAAAAAUAAUAAUAAAACGGAAUUCAGCAGGCCACGCGGGGCUACGGACUGACAGAGGUCAACAAGGAAUUCGUUUAAGAAUCAAAACGAAUGGCUUGCUUAAGACUUACUUGUCUUAUUCAUUUAUGCUUUGAAACGAGAUUAAGGGUAUUAAUCAGCUAUUUUGAUUCACAAAAUGUUAAAAUUACAGAAAUGAAAUAAAAAUUUAGUUAUCAAAUAAUCGAAAAGGCGUCCUUUAACAGGAGUCCAUACUUUUUUUCUUGCGUGCUCUAGUAAAUGAUAAUCUGAUUUUUCCGUUCAACUUUUUCCUACUGCAAAUACACUAGUACGGUGCUUUAAGCAAUAAUCUUGGUAAUUUUCAAGCUGUUUUGUUCGUAAUUUUAACAAUAUUUAAUAAUAAUAAAUCUUAACUGAUGACAAAGGGCUAGCUUCCAAUAAGAGAGGCUUUGUAAAACUGAUAAACCGUGACAAUUCCACAACGGCCAGCAUUCCAGUGGCAGAGAUCGAAACUUUAACAAGCCUAUUAUAGAAAACUAUUGAAUAAAUAAAAUAGAUUAGGCUAACUAAAGCCCCACCAUACUGAGACUUUAUACAUUCUUCUCACCACUCAAAAGCGAACGAUUUAAAGGCUUUACUGUCUUUUCUUUCAGUUCAGUUGGCAACAUUGUAACCUAAAAACAAUCGAACUCAUAUAUGAUUAUUACUCAGCAAAAGGUCCAUGGUCGCUGCUAUUAAAACAUAACAGGAGUCCAUGAACAUAAACAUCAAACUUUUUGAACAGCCUACCCUUCGCGGUAGGAUUUAAGGAAAGGAAAGACGAAAUUAAACCGCGCAAAAACGCGCACGCCCAUCGCUUUUCGCUCGAACUGAAUUUCUCCUUUCCCAAGCCUUCAAAUGCUUGCAAUGCGGGCUAAUGAAUAGCUUAUCCGAUACACUCAUUUUCCCAGUUAAGAAGUAAAGCACAAGUAAAGAGAUUGUCAAGAAAAUAACGAACAAGAACAAAAGCGGACGAAAGGAGUAUGCAUGGAGAUACCCGCCUACGAGCGGAGGCGUGAGCUGGCGUGCGAAACAACCUGCUUUUGGUACCCCAGUUCACAUCGCGCUGGAAAUGUAGCCUCUGCUCGCAGGGGAGCUGUAAGUGCCUGUAAAUAAACGUCGUUUUGCGUUGUUUUACCGUAUGUUCCGCAACCUUUCAUAACGUAAUAACAAUACACCAGCAGAGUGAAAUAUCAAACUUAAAUUAUUACCGCGGUUAUUGUUUUCUGUUUGCUGUUGUUAAUGUGUGAUGGUUAACAUUACACGCCAUCUUACGUCUUUAUUUAUUGAGGAAACAAAACGAUGUUUUUAUAUAUCACCGGAAUAAUGCGCGCAAAAUGAUGAUGAAAUUCGACACCACGAGGGAAUUUUUCCUUUUUGUACAAAACUGUUACCUAGUUCAGCACAUUUUCAACCUGAGAUCUCGCUAUUUUUUGACACAUAAAGGCUCUUUAAGGUUAAGGUGCGUAUAUGUAUCACUCAAAGUUUGCCAUGCUCAAAACCUCAAAUAACAUAUUAUCGCUAAAAUUAAAACUAGUAGUUUCUAUUGAAACAUUCAUGUAUAGGGAUUCAAUUCACUAAAACAGUCAAACGCUAGAUUAAUUUUGUACAUCAUAAUAAAGUGAUACUUUUAAUCCGGUUUCCACACCAAACUCAGAAGUAAUAUAAAAAGAAAACCUCUUUACAACAAUAAGAACUUUAUCAACAACACAAGCGUUUAAGAAAUAUUGCUUAAUAUGAAGUUACUCAGGAAUUAAGCACGCAAAGAUUGUUUUGAUGGCGACUUAACACGCCACGUGCUUCAACAACACGCGACCAUUGAAACAGGCAUUCACGCCAGAUGGGCGUUUGAGUGACAGCCGUCUAUUAUUACGACAAUUACAUUCAAAUUCUUGAUCUUAGACCCAAUCGGCUUGUUUACUCGCCAAUAAUUUAUAUAAUUUAAGGCUGUUUUGACUCUUGUGGAUCAUGCCGCUUGAAAUGGAGUGAUAAUUAAUCAAAGUAAUGAGGCAAUUACGCUCUUUGAAAAAAAAAGGCAUGUUGUCUUGGUUACCACAAAAAAAAUAAUAAGAAAAGAAAAGAAAAGCAAAAACAAGAAAACAAUCUCUAUUGCUGUGUUUACACUAUACUAGAUAGUUUUUCGUACGGACGCGAAAAGCUACUAGGUAUAGUAUCAACAUCUAUUCGAUAUGCGACUCUCCACUUUAAAGAUCGACGCGGCGCAGCUUCGCUUCGUUACAGAAAUCGCGCCGAAAUCACCGUUCUUUUGUGUGAACAGAAGCCAUAUCCGGUAUGGUUUUCGUGCAUGCGCAAUAGCAAUCCGGUAUAAUGCGAACAUAGCCUAAAAUGGCGGGCAGUAAAGUAGAAUUUUUGCACGUUGACCAGUAUUGCAUUUGCAGGCAGGGAAGUGUAAAACAAAUAAAUAAAUAAAUAAAUAAAAAUUAAAGUAAGUGAAGAAUUUCGUGAAUCGUGAACAUGACAUUUAUUUUCUCGGGAGAAAUAGAGGAAAGAAUUCACCAUCGACUAUUUAGGUGACAUGAUUCACAUCAAUGCCGGUAACAUUUAGAGAUUUCACUCACAGAAUCAAAAGUUAAAACAGCUUUGUACAGCACUAAAAAUAUUGCCUUUAAUGGGCCGAGAGUACUGGUCAGUAGCUGUUUCUUUGAAUGAACAUACUUUGGAUUUUAUGGAAAGAUCAUUCCAAGCUUUUUCAAAAUACCAAAACUGUAGCUACCAAAAGAAAUAGCACUGAAAACGUCCACACACGCACAAGAAGAAAAGUCGAAAAAUUUGAAUAUGAAUAAAAAAAGAACGCUGAAUCAAAUAUAUUCACAUUCAGUCCUAGGACCCAUCUUUCAUGAUCUUUUUUUUUUCCUUCAUGUAAGAUUUUUGCAAUGUCAUAAUGAUAGAUGUUAGCAACAUAGUAUGAUAACAUUAUUUCUUCUUGUUGGUGUUCACAGACAGAAAACCCAAAAAGAGUCCAAUAUAUUCACAUUGAUUUUAUUCUGGGCUCAGUUUGAAAAGACUCAUUCAUGAUCUACUUUUCCUCCAUGUAAUUUACUAGACAUUUCACAACGAUUGAUGUCAGAAACCUAGUUCGAUCUCAGUGACAUUAUUUCUUCUCGUCGGUCAUCAAUUAGCGUUUUUUUUUUAUAAUACCAACAGCCUUGGGGAAAAAAGACACUUUAAAAAUACGUAUUCCCUUCGUUUACUUCUUAAUAAUUUACAGCUGAAUUGACAGAGUAUCAGCACAUGAUGACAUAACAUUUAAAGGAGGGAACUUUCCCAGAGGGGAUAAAAUGAAAAGUGUACAUUUACUGAUUAGAGAUAUUUACCACAUACACUUUUCAUUCAAGAUUGUAAAAUACUUGGAAAGUUAUAGAUUAUCCCGUUACAAAAGAUCAAUAAUUUUCUCUCUAAUCUAAAAUAUACUCGUUGCUCAUUAAAAAGAUUGCGUUUUUACAGCAUUUGAAAAGGAUUAUCCUAAGAUAUGGACUUCUGGUUUCUUGCUUAAGAAUAUUUUUUCCUAUGUUCAGACAUCUGAGCAAAUAAUUGUUUAAGAAAACAUAUUUCUUUCUCAUAAUUAUCGCCUCCUUAUUCUUGAACUGCUUUUGCUUUAUAUUUAAGCCGAAUGUUUUUUAACACGUUAAAAGGAUACGGUAUAUACGAGAACAAACCGAAAUGAUCCUAAUCGGAAAAUUAACAAAAACUAUGUCAUAUCCUAAAGAAAAAAAGGGCAGCAUAUUUCUGGGGAAUUCAAAUUCUUAUACCCACCACAACACUGGUUUACACUACACUAUAGCUAUCCCUCGGAACACGUACGAUCACAUGUAUUGCUAAUUGUAAAUGCAGUAUUCUUUGUUGCCUGUAAUUUCUACUGGAAAUUAUGCUCAAAUAGAGUUGGAUGUUUAAGCCAGUAAUAUGAAUAUGUUCUUUGUAAGUCAAAUUUGCUUCGUUUUUCUCGUAUGAAAAGGACAUUUUUUACUUUCUGCGAAGAAAGGCGAGGGAACAAUUAUCCCGGGCUAAUGAGCCAAACAUUUUGAUUUCGUGGCAAACACUUUUAUUCUUUAUUAACUUUAUAUCUAGCUCAGAGAAAUGAAGAUUUCUCUAAAACGUAUACCUCAAAAAAGGCAAAUUUGCGUCAAUUUAAUUCACGCUAUCAAUUAAUGCAUUCACAUAUAGCCACUUCAAAAAAAAGAAAAAUCCAUAUCAAAAUGGACCAUACUUAACUACUUGUGGGCAAUCUAGUAUGUGCCGAAUUUCGGAAGAAGCUGGACGAAAAAUUGAGACUUUUCAUCGAGGAAAAAGCUUCGUUUCCACUCACUGAUACAAAGAAAAAGCAAAUUUGCAACUGAACAUGCGUAAUUUAACGUGGCAAAAUAACGGAAACUUUGAUGGGAAAUGUCUGUGCUUAUUUACCUGCGGAAUACCAGAAAAAAGCCAGGAAACAAAAGAGGUGUUUGCAUUUCCAUAUUUUUUCAUCAAUUUCAAAAGGCGUAUUUUCUUGCAAGAAGGCGAUGAUCUACCGGAGAUAAUCAAAACAAAGAAUCAAACAAAUGAGUUUUUUCGGUCUUUCUAGCAAAAUUAUUUUCAAGGAAACGUUUUUGUUUGAAUUUUCCUCUACGCAGUAAAGUUUUCUUGUGAGGAUUUUACGGGUGGCUGCAAUUUCCUCUACGGUAUCAAAAACCACUUCAAUUUUUUUUACGUUUCGCUACGUUAUCAUAACAAAAGUAAAUGGCCCUAGUUUUAUUUGGAAAAAGAGGAGACGGUCUAUAGAAACUAAUUUUAAUAUUGGUUGAGCUCUUUUUUUUGGGGGGGGGGAGGGGAGGUGGGAGGGUGGGGGAGAGUGCAGAAAGGGAAGUUUCAUAUGCAUGGCCGAUAUCACAUAAAAUAUGCAGCUAAAUAUUUAACGCCCUUUCCUGCAUGAUACAAUUCGGCGAUUUUGUGGUAUUUCAUAAUUUGCAUUUUAGCAGUUUUUCAUAAAACUUAACUAUCUUGGAGCACCUUCGGGACUGAAAGGAAUCGACUUAAAAUAAAUAAAGAAUUCACAUUUGGAUAUUUUCCCACACAACUUAAGAUCUUUCGAGCCCCCCUUAAAUCUGGACGUAAAUUGAUCCACUAGAACGGAAGAGAAAAAAAGUAGAAUUUUGGUUUUUCUGUUUCUUUUUAAAAUUUUAUCACUCAACGCUCACGCAUCAUAACAUAAUCCGUCGCCAGAACACGAGGAGGCUUCUCAAAAAUAUGUUCUUAUUUCACUUUUCACUACCCUUUGAAGCGAAAAAAGAGAGCAAAAUACUAAGCUUUGCCGUAUCUCUUUUCACCCGUUAUUGAACAAAGCAUUUAUGAGCAGUUAAUAGCUGUCGCAACCACUUAAAAAUUUACUGAGUAGAGUACCUCUUAUUAUAACAUAACAGAGCUAAUGGUUACAUUCAUAUCAAAACCUGCCGCAGGUCAUACUUAAUAUCGAUAAGUUAUGCAACGAAUCUAACCAACGGCCCAGUUCGGAAAUCAUUGAAAGACGUCGCUACCAUGAAAAUUGCUAAGUUUUUUUUUAAUUAUCGAAAGAGCCACAUUAAUAUUUACCGAGAAAAUCAUGCACAUCUGUACUCAUAACGCGACGAAAAUUUCAUCUUUCGGAAUUGCGAAUAUUUAUUCGUAAGUUUGCUUAGGACUCAAAAAGUAGUCUGUUUUUGCAUUAAAAAUAGAAAUGUUAAUCAUCUUUUCUUCUCAAAACUUUUCUUUCUUUUCUUUAGACAACAACACGGCUUUCCCGCAAAGUUAUUGAGCAAAAUAAUAAGGAUAUUCUUUCUUUUUCUGAACUUUGCCCCUUUUUUUUCUCACUUCCUAUAAUUCGGAAUUAUCAGCAAAACAUUGAAAUGGUUUUGCUCUUAAAAUGAGCUGUAGACACAGAAUUAAAAAGCAAAUUAUUAGUCUGAAAGUCUUAUCUUUAAUUACUCGUUAAUGUGUACAGCAUUUGCUAAAGUAGUUUGUUUUUUCUUUUUCUAUCAAUAGGAGUCAAUUUUUUCCUUUCAAGUUUGUAACCACUUACGAGGUUGUUUUUAUCUAAAUAACGCAUUGGUGUAAGCGCUUGCUUUAGGUUUGGUCUAACUUUACUCAAACUGCGCAGUCUAAAGGGCGUCACAAAACAAAACAUUUUUUUAAAAAUUCCGAACAAUUCAAAAUGGCCUUGGAAAAACGUUCCGUGUAUUCUACGCUUAGUCUUUCCUUCAGAUCGAAGCGAAUACAAACAAUUUCCAAGAAGCAUACAGUCAACUCCGAGUAACUCGAACCCUCUAUAACUCGAACCUCCCGCUAACUCGAAGCAAUUUUCAUUUCCAUUCAGAUCAUUUUCUACAUAAUUUUACCCUCGAUAACUCGAACUUUUUUCUAUCUCCCUUGAAGGUUUGAAUUAUCGGGAGUCGACUGUAAUUGUUUUUAAGUAAGCUGCCCAUUAGCCUUUUUCAGUUCCGAACAGUAAAAUGUUUAAAGGUGACUUUUAAAGCAAUUUUUUGAUACUCCGCCGACUGAUGGAAAAUGAAGAAUAUAUGUUACAGUAGUAUUUUUCAUUACUAAUGAUUUUGCCGAAAGCAAAUUUAGCAAGAGAGAAGUGGCCGGUAUUUUUCUUUACACAAAGAAAUCUUGAAAUAAUACGUCCAAGGGAUUGAUACGCGAUCAUACACUAUGGCCUCUGGGAAAAUACCAAAAAUAUACAAAUGCUUGGAGGCUAUAAUUAACAAUAAAUUGACUAAAUCAUUGGAACACGGCGUAAAAUCAUUUUGACCAAGCUGUACUUUUCCCUAUGCCACUUAAAAGACAAAAAAUAUCGAAAACAACUAUCAAUAAUUUGUACAUUGUCUGCUCUGUGUGUAAGAAAAUCAACAAAUCGAUUAAAUUCUCCAAGAGUUUGACAAGCAGGAAAAACGCAAAAUACCAUAGAAAGGUCACAAAUAGACAUAGCAGAAGCAGAAAUUGAAAAAACAAACAUUUAACACAACUUGCUAAAGAGAAGGCGGAGAAAAUAAACAUAGGAAAACAAUUACCAGCAAAUUCUGAAGAUGGAACAAUUCAAAAUAAUUUUCUUCCUUUUCCCUCUUUUUUUUUUAAGUGUUCAGCUCUCAAGUCAUAAGGAAGUCAUCUGAACCCGGUUUCGUGAGAAUAAUUCCGCGAAAAAAAAAAACCUUUUUUAGCUCGAGGCGAUUUAGCGACUGAGAAGUUAAUCACUUUAAUAACGCGUCGAACGCAAGAUUCCAAACAGCACCGCUACAUUAAACGAAAAACGUCCAAGAAAAUUAGUCGCUGAAGGAAAGGUAAAAAUUACACUACUCAACUUGUCUUAGCACGGAUAAACUAGUAGAACAUAAUCGGUAAGAGCUAAUGAAAAAAUCACCAUUUAAUGCCAUCGUAUAAAAUAUUUUCCACAGAAAAAUCUUAUAUAUCAGUUUCAAGUGAACUAUUACUCAGUGUGAAACUUUUUCAUUUCGUUUAACACACAAACAGCCCUUGCUGUGAAAACGAAAACAUGAGGUGGUUAAAAAGAUGUUUUAUUUAUGAACAUGAAAAAGAUACUUUAUGCUGUUCCCGUAAAAGUUUCCGUGUUAUGCGUAAUCUAACGCAAAUUUUAAUGGCCACAAUACUUCUGCCUUUAUGCGAUCAUGUAAAAAUACCGAGUUUGCCUAUCAUUUCGUUUUACCGACAAGACUGAAUCAACCGCCAACUAGAUUCGUUAAAUUUUUGACAUUAAGAAGUAAACUGAAGAAUGAUGUAUACUUAUCCGCCUAGGCAGCAAUACUAGGUAUUUCUUAUCGUUUUUCACAUCACCACGAUCUUACUAAUUCGUUGUUAAAUUGCACUUUAUUUCAUUACUUUUCUGGUUAAAUUUAUGCCUGUCGACACAUUUUUCGAUUUUCUAUUAACGGUUUUGUCAAGGUCAUACUGAUAGCACAUUCCGCUUUUCAAGAGAGAGAAAGUAAUUGGUUGUAGAUAAGGCCAGUCACGAAUGGAAAACCAGAGUGAUUUCUUGUCUUAAUGACCAACAAACUUUCAUUCUACUCCUUUUUCCCGAAACAGGUGUUGUCCAGAAUGCCUAACGUUUCAACAUUUUGCAGGACGAAAAGGAGAACGUUAAAAUUCUAAAAUAAAAAAGUUCCUAAAUGUCAUUCUUUCCGCAAUUUCUAACGUUUUAAGCCAUACUCUAACUUACUUGAAAAUAAUCAUUUUCCACUCUUUCUUGUCACUUGUGGUUUUAUAAAGCAAUAUUAUUCACUUCCUUCCUUCGAGUGUUUCGAGACAGCCAUUUCAAUGCCUCCGCCGUUUAGUCUGUUUACCGAAACUAUUCCACGCGAAUUAUUAUGUUAGCCUUUUCAAUCCAAACGAAUAUACCAAUUUAAUGUCAAAACCACGAUUCAUAACUACUGUAUUCUCGAUGCUUAUUAGCAUGUCCUUUGUACUGACGGCGAAUUUUACUUGCCACAGAUGCAAAUUGACGAAACUAUAGGUCGUAUUAGCGAACAAAUCGCUUCAUUCUACAUCUAUUCUGUGCGGGGUAAACAUUCACUGCUGCCUUUUUUUCAAUAGUCAUUUGAACGGCUUUUCCAUUGUCCGUUGUUAUGAAAACUGGAGGUCGCCAGAGAUGGAAUGAAUUUCGCCGCUACGGGACGGCAGAAUACUAGCGAUAACUGGUAUCCCGCUAUGCGAUUAAGGUGAUAAUUUUUAAAGAUUGCUCUAGAUCGUUGUAAUUCUAAAAUAUUUUGUAUUUGCAAACAAGAAAGUGUAAAUUCACUGCUAAAUGUUAUCGGACGAUUCUUUUCUAUUCCAGUUAUCGCGUUGGCAAUAAAGAUUGCUUUAUUCGGGUUUUUAGAGCAUAGCCAAGUAAAAAGAAUAAUGCUUUAGUAUUCUUUUUAGGUGAUAACACAAUUUUUAAAACAAUUUUGUUCAACACUCAAAGAAAAGAAAACAUAAAGUGCGCGAGCGUUCCUUAUCAGAAAAAGGGAAAAUAUUCCUCAAUUUGUCUGCAUGUCCUUAUAAUCUCGCCCAGGAUCUAGGACUUAAAAAUUCAUUUUAAAAUUUAAAUUGCUUUUCUCGAAUACACGACAGGUGGGAUGUAACCUACUUCUCUGCGCCGCAAGCAAAGUUUCAGUAGUAUGUUUAUUUUCUGUCAAGUGAUCGCCUUAUACCGAUCUCAAUCCAGGGACUUUUGUUAAUUCAUUGGACAAAGUUUAUUUACACAAUCCGCAAAAAAAGUAUCACAAUAUUUCAAGGAUUACUGAAAAUAAAUAAAGAGUAAUAUAUAUUAUUUUUCGGUGGAGCAGCUUAUUCGAAAACCAGUGAGUUUAAAUUUGUAUGGUUAGCCUCGAGCUAUUGCAACGUUUUUUAAUUGGAAGUUAUACGUUUUUAGGGAACGCUGGGUUUAACCCCUAUCGCAAGCUUUCUAAUUAUGAAGAAAUAUCACGGGUGGGAAAAGUCUUUUCCUGCUAGUUCAAUCGACAAUUGAAGUUGUCGAUACUCAUCUAAAACAAAGGGUAGGAAAGAAAACAAAAGCCGAUCUCUUGGUAAGCCUUUCUUCCUUUUGUAAAAUAUUCAUCUUCUAACUUCUCGCUAUCUCGUGGUAAAUUAACAGUGGGGGAGGAAGAAAUUUUCAACUUUUCCCAAUUAGAAAUGGUUUACAGCUAAAUCCUUUUCCUUAUAUUUUUGUGGCUGUAACAAUUGGACUACAGUCCGCAGUAAAUAACAUAAUUAAAGCCGGGUUUUGUCUGCUUAUUAGAAAUGUAAACAGAAAGGAAAUUUGCUCGAAUUCAAACAAACGCGAGUGGCGUUUCUUUGCAAAUAAACUUUGUGUCCACUGGAAGUAGAACCGUUAUUAAUCAACCUAACACCCACAGUUUUCACACCAGAAUUUUCAAGGUGAUCAAAAAAUGCUUGAAUCCCAUGGAAAUGCCCAAAUAAAGAAGAACAGCGCUUAGUUUGCAGGAGUCUCGCUGGGCAAAAAUAAACAGAAAUUCAAAAACACUUCUCUGUUAUUUGCGACGCGGACACGCUUAAAGAAAAGUAUAUGUUUAAAAUUUCGGUCCAGACAAUAGCGAUCACAAUGACCACAAUAAAAUUUGCCAAUUCUCAAUUCAGAAAUAUUUAUCUAGCGGUGCAAAUCGACUGUAACCAAAGUUCUUAAUGACUCUGCAAAUACUACGGUCUAUCAUCAGAUAGAAUCUAAUUUAUCAGUGUUUUUUCGGAGUUAAUGCAAUCAAGGAGGAAAGUGCGCUAGCUUCCGACCCACAUCGAACACGAAAAAAUAAACGACGAAAAAUUUACCAAUGUUUUGCCCUCUUAGUUUUUUGAUCCCUGAUUACAAAAGACCAAGACCACUAAACCACUGUUAGAAAAGCUCUUUUCUCUUUAUAUUUAUUGUGCCGUUGAAAGAAAACCAAUUGACCUCGAAGAUCCGAAGUUCGUGGCGAUUAUUCGCGAAACGGAUAGCACAAUGCGUCUUUCAUUAUGCAAAUUGAUUCUAGGGGUCCAUUAAAUAGAGAAAAGCUGAAAAGUUUGUAAAUCUCUUUAAAAAAAAGCGACAAUGACGCAGAGAAAGGCAAGGUAAGCCUCUAAUGAAACACGUGCAAAUCGAACAAUAGCGAAUGCCGCAGAUGGGGUGAAGGUAUUGAGCGGAAAACAUUAUUAUAUUGAAAUACUUUGAAAGGCGCACCUGCGUGGCUCGCGCAGGUGUCGAGUGCUAUCAUUAGAGGAAAGUUUGAAUGAGAGAACAAACACAACGAAACUUGCAAUAACUCAGCGCUCAUCGCGAUUUAAUCCCGCGAUAAGUAUUUCGCACUUUGCGAAAGCUCUUGUCCGCCUGUAAAUAGCGACUCUCGGAUGCCAACCGAAAGAUUUUGCCUCAAAGCACGUGCUUGAAAGAGCACAGCGCAAGGGCUUACCGCCGAAUUUUCCUGCGCGUUGAUUGGCCGAGAGCGGAAAUAUGCAUAAUUCAAACGCAAAUAAUUAACACCUAUUGUUUACUUCUCGUAUUAUUAUUGAAAUGAAAUAUUAGCAUUGUCCUAUUAUAUCAUUAUAGCCAUCAGCCAUAAUCACGCCUGGAGCAGUACCGUAGCAGUUGAGCCGGCCGACCAAGUGAAUAACUGGCCGAGGUUGCUCCUUUGAAAGCAGUUUGACUGAACUCGACGUCGCGUGAAGAUCAACUCACUUCAACUCUUCAGAUAUCUUUCAUCACUCCGAUUAGCAAGUGACACCGCAAGCAUGGGCAAGCAAGAAGAAGGACAUAUUAAGAGACCCAUGAACGCUUUUAUGGUGUGGAGUCGUGGAAAGAGAAAGCAGUACGCGGCGAUAAAUCCGCGAAUGCACAACUCAGAAAUUAGCAAACGGCUCGGAGCAGAGUGGAAAAUGCUCUCGCAAGAUGAGAAAGAGCCGUUCGUGGCCGAAGCGAAACGACUGCAGGCAAUCCACAUCCAGGAACACCCGGACUAUAAGUACAAACCGAAGCGACGCAAACCCAAAUCACUGCAGAAGAAAGACCUAUCGGCUCCGAUGUUUUCACCUUACAGCGCCCCGAUGAUGGCGGUUGAUAAAUUCUCAACGAAUCAAUUGCCUCAAACAAUAGCUCAUUCAACGGCUUUGUCCGCCGACCCAAUGUAUUCCAAAAUAAACGGAGCAGCAGCAGCAUUUCACCACUCCGUUUCACCAGGGUAUCCUGUCAUCUAUCCGAAUGUGACCGCAGUUAACAGUCAUCACUCAGUUACACAACCAUCGCGUCAGCUUUUCGCUGGUUCCUUGGACUCCACACAUUCGUUCCGCGCCGCGGAUGUCAUGAGUCACAACCGAGCGCUUUACAGCAGUCAAGCUUUCCAAUCUGCUCUUCCUUCACCAAUGCAGCAGAGAAUUUCUAGCGUGGACGAAACACGCGGCGCUUCGGUCACCGCUGGAUCGCCCAGCCCAACGGCAUCGAGCAGUGAAGCGCCGAGCAAAUCUACUGGAUAUACAGUCUCCACGGCGGACCUGAGCGGACAGCGUGUAUCGGGCGUUUGGCAACCACAGCAGGACUUGUCCAGGCCAGUGGCUUAUGUCCCGGUAUUGCUUUAAAUUUCUAUCUAUUUCUGCCACACCUUUCAAUUUUAGGGAAACUGAUAGAGUGAUAAAAUUAGGGACUUAAUCAUCAAAGUGACUUCACGACAAAUCUUGUCAGCGUACGUAACACUUUUACUCAAUGAAUUUAUAAUCGCGAGUGCAGUGCAAGUUUGCUCGAAUGUUUUCGUUAGUUUGUAUUCUUUUCCGUUCGCGUAAAGUAUAUUAGUGUUCGACGGUAUAUUAGGACCAUACUUUAAUAGGCCUUUAAAACGCCUAUUCAGUUUGGUCUAGUUCAAUUUUCUGUAUUCUUUAUAGCAGCAAAUUUCCGUUUCCUACAAAGAGCGCGGGCUUGUGAUAAAUGCGGUUUAAUGAGGGACAAUUUCUAGUUUACAAUGAAAAUAAUGACUUUCUUCUGACAAACGGUACAAUACCUCGAUUAACAUAAAGUAACAGAGCAAAUCUCGCCACAAACUUCCAAUUUUAUGCUGUAGCGUAAAAAAUCUUUGAGCUGAGGCUUGCUAAAAUCGCUGAAGCGAAAUCGAAAACACUGUCCUAAUUUUCAGUGCUUUGCCUAAUAUAUGCACAACGCUGCUUGCAUGCGUAUGUUGCGAACAAACAACAACUUCAUAAAGAAAUUAUUUUAUCUCGAAGGAAGCGCUUGAAGUUGGUCAUAGAUCAGUCCAGAUUGAGCGGGUUAUAUUUGACACUAGAUCCACGGCCUAUAUAAACCAACAAUGCUCUAAUCUUCGGUCUCAAACUUACAUUCUGUUUAGGUCAUUGUUAUGCAAAGAUUGUAAUUCACUUAAUGCGAUAAAACAAGUGGACACGUCAAGGAACAGAACAAAACAAUUUCUAAAUAUCUCCGUUGAACCUACUCUUUGAGCGUGAUCAAUAAGAUAGUACUGUUUACAUAAAGUUCGUCGCCUCAACUGCUAACAUCCAAGCCUGCGCUCGAAGCGAAACAAGCGAGAGAUCACCUGAAAUAUUUAUUUUUCCACUUUUUUGAAUAUUUAUAACUGCGGUGUGAUCAAACGCUUAGUUUGUCAUUUAAUAAGAGAGUUUCGCUGAAGUUCAUUUCGCCGAGAUUGAGAGUUGAUUUACAACAGUAACUCGUACAAGUUUUAAUCGCAUACCCUUUAGUUUCAAGAAACACGAGUAGUUCACUUUCAGUAUUUCUUACUUAGGGCUUUUUGUUUUGUCAAAAUUGCAAAUUUUAAGAACUAACCCACAUGCCAAACGCAUGGCAGAACAAGGCUAUUUAAUUAAUGCCUCAGCAAACCAUUCGCAUGCCAGCUUCGACAAGUAAGCAGAGAGCGAAAUUCGCUGCUCUACUUGUUUCACUGUUUAAAUAGACACACAGUGACCUAAGAGCUUGGGAUUACCCAUGUUUCGAGGCACAUGGCCAAGGACUUUAGUAAAUUGAAAUUAAUUUACUGAAUUGACUCUACACCAUAUUCUCUUUAUAAAUUAAUGAGCUUUUUUUAACAUAAAUUGUGUUGAUUGUGGAUCCUAAAGCCACCUAACACUGUACAUAGAGAUUGACGCCUUCAAAUCUAAAUGAAUCG